GUAGGUAAUAUUUACUUGUGGUCUUACGUAUACAACAUUAUCCGCAUAUAUUCGAAUAAGAACUCCACCGUGGCGCAAGUAGAUGAUUCCGAAGAAAAUGAACUAGAAAACAUUUCAAGAUGUUCUAAUGAACAAUUGGUUAAUGUUGAGAGCAAAUCAGAGACUACUGAUCAAUUUGAAAUAAUGGAACAUGCAAUGCCUAUUAGAGAAGCAAAGGUAACAAGAAUGGGAAAUGUUAUGAAACAAAUGCAAAUAUUGGCCAAAAAGAUCGAUGUGAAGACACUAUUAUCACCUUCAACAAUUGGAUCGAUGGUUGGUUUGGUAAUCGGUGUAGUCCCUCAAUUUCGAAAAGUAUUAGUCGGCGACGGCGCGGCUCUCCGGGUGGUUCAAGACUCUGUAACAAUGCUGGGGGAUGCACUCAUUCCAUCAUUGACUUUGGUACUUGGUGCAAAUCUUCUAAAGGGCUUAAAAGGACAAAGCAUGAACCUUAAAAUCAUUGUUGGAAUUGUUGUAGUGAAGUGUAUUGCAGUUCCAGCAAUAGGCAUAGGCAUCAUCAAAGGCGCGACCCGAUUCGGAUUGAUCAACCCGGAUCCGUUGUAUCAGUUUGUUUUGCUUCUUCAGUAUGCUGUUCCACCUGCUGUAGCCAUAAGCACAGUUACUCAAUUAUUUGGAGCUGGUGAGGGUGAAUGCUCAGUAAUAAUGCUAGCAACUUAUGCUUGUGCCACAGUUUUCCUUACUCUUUGGUCCACAUUUUUUAUGUGGCUUGUACUCUAAAUUCUAUUUUAUUUUUCUAUUCAACAUUUUUCUUUACACUAGAAAUUAAAAACAUAAUUAUUAGAAGAGUAUAUCACUUUUUUAUGUAACAUUCCAUAUUAGAAAUCAUGUUAUAUUAUUGGAUGAAAUAAAAAAAAAUAGUUUGCUCAAAAGUCUAUCUGUAUAACCAUCAAAAAGAGCUAUAUAUGUAAUUUUAACAAUUUGAUUCUAACAAUAAUAAACAUCUAAAUUUUGAAUGUAAAAAAAUG